CAAUAUUUGAAGAUCCAGUUCACCAAGUUAAGGGGUAGUGAAAAAUGACGUCUUUUGAAGUACAGCAACGCAACCAAGCAGUACUUGACAACCUACAGCCAGGUGACCUCUUGGAGUUUGAUCGAGGAUUGAUCAAUCAUUGGGCUGUGUAUAUUGGCAGCGAGGAAGUCGUGCACUUCUUUGGAGACUGUGGUGGAAGAGACCAGAACAGCCAAUGCAAAACGUGUGUCACUUCGACUUGGAAAGGACUGGUUAGAAAAGAUGCGUUUUUCGACGUUGUUGGAAACAGCAAAGUGAACAAGAACAACUCAAAGGACAAACAAUUGAAAGCCUUUCAACAACGUGAGAUAGUAGACAGAGCAUUGUCCGAAGAGCUUCGUGAAUUUAAAUAUAACAUAGUCUUCCAAAACUGCGAACACUUUGCUACAUGGUGCCGGUACGGAAAACAAGAGAGUGAUCAGGCUAACCGUGCGUUGACUCGACUAGGCGUUGGUGCGCUCAUUUUGUCCGGUGCAGUGUUGCUUGGCUUGCUUUUUGCAAGCAGGAAAUAAAGAGAAAAGUGUUCAAUUUCAAAUACAAAAUGGUUGCGAGUAAAACAGAAUACAUCAAUCAUUGAAACUGUGUAUUGUUUUGACGAAUGCACCUACAUUCCUCACCAACUCGUACCAUUCCGGGAAAAGCUAAUGGCGAUAGUCAUGUUCCUGUUCAUUCGGCUAUUCUAAGGAUUCCAUAUUGACAGUUCCGGGACAAGUCUAUUUACCCCCACAAAAGAUUCCAUCAAGUAGUAUGAUAUGGUGUCUUCUCACUAAGCCAGAUUCUGUCAAAAAAGGUU